UCUGAUGAGUCAGAAUAUAUUUUACAGUACUUAAUAAGGUCACUGCUCACAAAAUAGUACAAACUAUUCUCCUUUGUUUUGCUCUUAUUAUUAUUACUUCAACACAUAACAAAGAGGUCUCUAAUUUCAAAGGAGGGAAAUUUAAGAAGCAAUGUCAAGGCUUUGUAAUUUGCAAGUACAAAUUAAUGGUGAAGAAACAUUUUUUCUAAAUGAGAAAGUGAUAUCAACUUAUUCAGAAAAGCUUAAAAAGAUAGUGAAACAAGAAAGGAGAAGAGCCCAUCAAAAUAUGAUGAUGAUGAAGAAGAAAAUAUUGGCUAUUGAGAUUGAUGAUUUCCCAGGAGGCCCAGAUGGGUUUGAAUUAAUUUCAAGGUUUUGUCACAACAAUGGUAAUGGAAUCAAUAUAACAGUUACAAAUGUCUCUGUUCUGUAUUGCUCUGCUGUUUUUCUUGGAAUGACUGAGAAAAUCUCAAGUUUCAAUCUUUUACAACAAACACAAGUUUUUCUAGAUGGGUUGUUUUAUUGGUCUUGGAAAGAAAUAUUGACAUGCUUAAAUAGUUGUGAGUCAUUAUUUUCAUAUGCAGAUUCAUUUGGUCUAUUGGAAAAGCUCAUCUCAGCUCUUUUAUCAAAAAUUUCACAAAAUACUACUCUUAAUACCUCAUCAUCUUCAUCUUCAUCAUCACCUGAUGAAAGAUUCUUCUCUUCUUCUUAUUGCAAAUCCAAUACAACCCCAGAAUCUUUAUUCAAGUCAACUAAUUCAUCAUCAUGGUGGUUUGAUGAUUUGACCAUUUUACCCCCUAAAAUCAUUGAAAGAGUCAUUCAUAGCUUAGAAAAUUACAUGAACAAUAGCAGUAGCCUAAUCCUUACCAAAUUUCUCCUUCAUUACCUAAAAGCUUAUUAUUACUAUAAUAAUAAUAAUGCUUCAAAAGAUGUGCUUGUGAGUUUAGCUAAUAGAGCUGUUAAUGGGGUUUUAUUGUCAUGUGGUGAAAAUUCAUCAUCAUCAUUAUUCUCUUGUAGAUCACUGUUUUGGGUAUUGAGAAUUUUAUCUGGUUUUGGAAUUAGUAAAGAGAGUAGAGUUGGUUUGGAGAGGUUGAUUGGUCAAGCACUUGAUAAGGCAACAUUGGAUGAUUUAAUGGUGUCUGCAGGGAACAACAACAAUGCAAUAUAUGAUGUUAAUUUUGUGAUAAGAUUGGUUAGAGUAUUUGUUAACUCUGAGGAUUUAAUUACUACUGAGAAGUUGAAAAAAGUUGGUAGAUUGAUUGAUAAUUACUUGAGUGAAAUUUCACCUGAUCAAAGCCUUAAGAUCUCAAAAUUUCUUGGAGUGGCACAAAGUUUACCACAUUCAUCAAGAGACAGUUUUGAUGGAGUUUACAGAGCUAUUGACAUCUACCUUGAGUCUCAUCCCACAUUAUCAUCAGAGGAAAGAUCAAAACUAUGUAAAUGCUUGAAAUUUGAGAAGCUGAGCCUUGAAGCCUGCAAAGAGCUUGCAAAGAACCCGAAAAUCCCACCCGAAAUCACAAUUGAAGCUCUUAUAAAACAACAGUCAAAAAUAAUUCUAUCCACAAAUAAUUAUAAUGAGUUUGGAGAUGAUCACCAUUUUCCCAGUUUGACUUCGAAAAUCGCUUCGAGGAAUAAUAAGGGUGCUUUCUAUGGCGGUUGCAAUAAUAAUAGCAAAAAAAUCACAGAAGAAAAAGAAUUUGUUGAGCAAAACUUGCAAAGAAUGCAAAGAAGGGUUAUGGAGUUGGAGAAAGUUUGUAGAGAGAUGAAGGGCCAAAUGUCAAGGAUGGUUAAGCAUAGUGUCUUUGCUACACCUCAUUCUAAAACCCUACCUAGACUUUGUUGAUUUCUUUUCUUUAAUAAUCAUAAGGAUUUGGAUGUAUUUAUUAUAUAAAUAUAUUGUAUCAUACAUGCAUGCAUAUAUAUAUGAACUUAUUUUGUUAA